AUGUGGGUGGCUUGGUUCAGAGAAGUUGUACUCAAGGGAUCGAUCCACAACUACUGGACUACAAAGCCAAAGGUUUCAUUCUCUUGGCUCGCAAACAAGAUCCUCAAACUUAAAGAUGUUGUCUACCCAUUGGUUAAACUGCGAUUGGAGAAUGGACUAUCUGCUAGAUUUUGGCAUGACAACUGGUCCCCCCUAGGAAAUGUUGCUACACUGCUGAACGCUCAAUCAUCAAGGUUAGGCAUUCCUCAACAAGCAACAGUGGCCUCACUAUUCCGUAAUGGAUCAUGGCGUCUUCCACCUGCAAGAUCAGAGCAACAGCUACAACUUCAAGCACAUUUAACUACAGUCAACCUCACAACUGAGCCAGACUACUUUGAAUGGGAGAUAGAAGGAAGGAUCUCUAGCAAGUUCUCUACUGGUGAAGUGUAUCAUUACCUGAGAGGGGCGCAUGAUGAGCUCCAGAAGAUGCUCCCUUACACCCUCACGCAACUGGCCGGACGCGCUUAA